AUGUAUGAAGAACAAACCCCAGUUAAUCAUGUGAUCCUGGAGAGUCCUGUCCAUCCUGUGACUGAGGGACAUCCUCUGACUCUACGCUGUUUAUAUCGCAACACAGAGCUCUCAAACCCCCAAGCUUAUUUCUAUAAAGAUGGAUCAGUUCUCCAGACAAAGACUACAGUAGAGAUGAUCAUCCAUAAUGUCUCAAAGUCAGAUGAAGGUUUCUACCACUGUAAAUACACAGGAAGAGGAGAGUCAGAGAAAAGCUGGGUCUCCGUCAGAGGAAUCCCUUCUAAAUCUACAGAUGGUGCAGUAGGAUUAUCAGUGGGACUGAGUUUGUUCUUCCUCAUUCUCAUUGUUUUACUGAUCCUAAUGAUUCUCCUCUGGUACUACAAAAUGAAAAAAGAAAAGCAGCAGAAACUCAAUCAGACAUCAGAGCAGAAUCAGAGCCGGUCAGGAGCUGAAGACUCUCAGUCAGGACACACACCACCUCAGGCUGGAACUGAAAACGUUUAUGCCUCUGUGGAUCAGGCGGAUAUGAGUGGAACAGGUGAAGCUGCAGCUGAGAGCAAUGAAGCCAUUUACUCACUGGUCACAAAUAAACACAUAAACAGAAACAACGGUGCUGAUGCUCACAACAUCUGUGAUGUGAUGUAUGCUGAGCUCGAACUAAAACCAGUGAAAAAGAAAAAGAGAGUAAAAGAGAAUGUCAGUGUGGGUGAUGAGACUGUAUACUCAGAGCUGCAGCAGAAGUGACCUAUAUAUCUUCACACUGAAUAAGCUACAGUUAUCAAACAGAUGCAUGAAAAACAGAAUUGUUUCAUCUUCCUGGUCAUCUUGCUUUUCCUGAAACUCCCAGCAGUGAAACAGUGCUAUGUUCUAAGUUCAGAUGAUGCUGGAUCCACCAACUGGAUAUCCCAGAAGUGUGACUCACAUAUUAGGCUUUAUUGAUUAUAGUUUUUGACUUCUUUACUAUGGCCCAUCACCUGGAAACACAGAAGUUAAACAGAUAUUGUCAGGAUUUUUUUUUUACUCAACGUUGAUUUCACAGUUUAUCAUGUGGAUGUUUGAAAUGUGUCUGAUCUUUCUUUUGGGUCAUGGAAGGGGGCAACCUACGUAUGGCUGGGGUCAUAUUGUCCUAAGUAUUGGGAAAACAGAUGUUUGAUUGAUUCAAUAUUACAGCUGUGAAAAAUAUAUGAAUAAAUGAAAUACAUACAAUCUUGAACAGGAGUUGAGAACAUCUAGACUGGAUUACUGCAUAUAUAACUGGCUGUAAUGUUGUUUCUUUAAGAAAACAGAAAUGUUUGUGUUGUAUAGAUCCCAAAUGCUAGAAAAGUGUUUCAGAGAACAUUUUUAAACACACAUUA